AUGGCUUUUUUGUUCAAAUCCAAGAAGAAUCAACAGGGGACGGCACUCCCAUCGGCAACCAGAAAUAUUCAUACAUCUGAGGGUGCUCCGGCUAGUAAUGCUCCCAUGCCAAAUGGGGCCAAAGUCGAUGGUAGCUUUUCGCAGACCCCAACCCCCAGCAGCAGCUACAAUAAUUCACUUAAUUCUGCGGCCAGUCCAACCAGUCCGGAUCCUGUUAGGCCACGACAGAGGGCGGAGUCUGAAUCACAGGUUCAGGUUCAACGUCCGCAGCAACUUCCAAAUGGCAUGUCUCCGCAACAAAGCCCGAAUUCGACCCUCUAUCCCUGGUCGCAACGGCGGCUGAAAUUCUCCUCGCCGCAAUCGACCCCAUUUCCCCGGUAUGGCGCCGCAAUCAAUUCGGUGGCUUCUAAGGAGGGAGACAUUUACAUGAUGGGAGGUUUGAUUGAUGGAUCUACGGUCAAGGGAGAUUUGUGGAUGAUUGAGAGCAGUGGAGGUAGCCUUUCUUGUUUUCAGAUUGCGACAGUGUCUGAGGGCCCUGGCCCACGAGUUGGACAUGCCAGCUUACUUGUCGGGAAUGCAUUCAUUGUGUUUGGUGGUGAUACUAAAAUCAAUGAGACGGAUGCGCUGGACGACACAUUGUAUCUUCUGAAUACUUCAUCUCGACAAUGGUCUCGUGCAAUCCCACCCGGAGCUCGCCCCGCUGGACGGUAUGGUCACACUCUGAAUAUUAUAGGCUCGAAGCUCUAUGUUUUCGGUGGUCAGGUCGAAGGAUUCUUCUUUAACGAUCUUAUCGCAUUCGAUCUGAACCAAUUGCAAAACCCUGCAAACAAAUGGGAAGUCCUUGUCCAGAAUAGCCAUGAGGGUGGCCCCCCUGAGGGACGAAUUCCUCCUGCACGAACCAACCACACUAUCGUCACCCAAAACGACUGUCUUUUUCUUUUUGGAGGAACGAAUGGUGUGAAGUGGUUCAACGAUGUCUGGACAUACGACCCUGGCGUGGGCACAUGGACUGAAAUAGACUGUGUCGGUUUUAUUCCCACACCACGAGAGGGCCAUGCUUCAGCUUUGGUCGGUGAUGUGAUGUACGUCUUUGGUGGCCGAACCGAUGAGGGAGUAGACUUGGGUGAUCUUUCAGCAUUCCGAAUUACCUCUCGUCGGUGGUAUUCUUUCCAGAAUAUGGGGCCAGCUCCAUCUCCCAGAUCUGGGCAUAGCAUGACUGCCUUUGGUAAACAGAUUAUCGUCAUGGCUGGUGAGCCUAGCUCCGCUCCUCGUGAUCCCAAUGAGCUCAGCAUGGCUUAUAUCCUUGACACGUCCAAAAUCCGGUACCCCAAUGAUUCUGGCCCUGUUGAGCGUAGUGCUGCUCCAAUUGGGAGGAUUGCUCAAGUGGAAAAGCAGGGGCCCUCGUCUGGACGUACAUCCCGCGAGGCACAAAGCAAUAAACCAGGCGAGUUUGGACCUAACCCAAACCUGGGGCCUGGCUCACGGCUCCCACGUGCAUCCAUUGCCCAGGCGCCCUCUGGACCCCCUCCACCGGGCCAGGCUCCAUCGCCUGGCCCUCGCGCUAAUGGUCCUCAACCUGGAGUGAACCCUCGGAGCAAGACUCCUACGAAAAUGGAUCGUGGCUACACAGGCACCGUGGAUGUUCGUGUUGCAAACUCAGAGCGAGGUGCUGAGUCCCCGGUGGCUAAGGAAAUACCUCUGGAUACACAGUCUAGUGGACAGCGCACACCAACUCAGCAAGCGCAGCGAAUGUCAGCCAAGGCAAUGGAGGCCGGUGAAGCAGCGCCAUUAAUCACUACCCCUGGCCGUCAACGAUCAUUGCGCUCCCAGCGACAGCGUGGCUCGAUGGACAGCGCGGAGGAAUCGGUGUUGGGUCGCCAAGCCAGUAUGGAUGGUUCAAUUGAGAGCCGGGCUUUCCGCAAUUCCAAGACCCUUGGUGAUGAACCUCGUUCCCCGCGCCUGACCCCCCAUCAAGAAGCCCUGAUCAAGGAGCUGGAGUCCGCUAAGGCUCGCAACGCUUGGUAUGCUUCUGAGCUGGCUCUGGCGAGAAAGGGUGGCUAUGUGCCUAAUCCAUCGAGUAGCCCCGCCAUUGAUGAACGUGCAAGCGACUCGUUGAAUGACGAGGACCGUCCAUUGGUUGAAGCUUUCCUUGCUAUGAGGGCGGAGCUGUCUAAGAUGCAGGCCACCGUUGACCGCCAAGCAUCUAUCGCGUCCAAACGCAUCGCAGAAGUAGAACAUCAGCGUGACGUGGCCGUGAGCGAGGCAGCUUACUCGCGGGCUCGGCUUGCUGCUCACGGUGGUAGUCAACGUGGAACUCCUCAACCGGAGGUCUCCCGCGACGCCGAAGAUGGCACUGAGAGACCGACCGACAUGGGUCGUCGUCUAGCAUUGGCUCUUGCAUCUCAAUCCGAGCUCAAAACCAGAUUGGAUGUUAUGACUACCGAGUUGCAGCAGGAAAGACAAGCUAAAGAGCUAGCCGAGGACACGAAUGAGGCCACUCGGAAACGAUUGGCUGAGUUGGAGAUGCAAAGCAACUCUUUGGAGACGGAGAACCUCCGCGCAGAGUUACAUCGUGCUGAAGCAUCCUCUCGAGAAGAGGCGCUGUUGCGUGCCGAGGCUGAGGCUUCGCUGAAUCAAUUGACUCUGGACAAAGAAGAGUUGCUUCUUCAGUUCGAAGAAUCUUCUGGCCGUCUUAAGGACUUCAAUUCCAACUUUGGUAGCUUGAAAGAAGCGGUCGCUGCAUCAGCUGCAAAGACAGCCAUCAUUGAGAAACAGUUGCGAGAAGAAAGAGAGCGUCGCGAAGGACUGGAGAGAAAGCUCUUGCAGCUUCGAGCGGAGCAUGAGGAGCAGACAACCGAACUUGAGAGUGUCACUCGACGCCUGGUUUAUGCUGAAGAACUCGCUGAGAGUCAUGCGAAGGAAGCCGAAACCCAUAAGAUGGCUUUCGUGUCAGGACUUGAACGAGCUACUUCUACUGACUUGGAAGCGUCACUUCGUUCUCGUGCUGAUCAGCGUGUUACUGCUUUGGAGGCUCAGAUUGAACGAUCUACCACUCUGGCCAAGGCCAACCAGGCUGCUGCCGAUGCGGCCGUUGAGAAACUGCGCCGAGCCGAAGAGCGCAUUGCCGGUUUGGAGGCAUACCAAGAGCAAGCAAGCCGUGAAGGCCUGCAGCUACGCCGCCAGCUGCAAACCGCUAUGAAGGACAGCCAGACAGCCACUGCAGAAAGUAGAGACUUGAAGGCACAGCUCGAUGCUCACCAGCGCGAGGCCGGGGCUUUGAACAUCCAGCAUGCCGCCCUGAAGGAUCUCCUGGGUGAACGCGGCAUCAACCCUACUGAUACCCGCCGCUCACCUCGUCUUGAAUCCCCUGGAUCCCGUUUCGGUACGCCGGAGCAAAGUCGUCUACGAGAAUUGGAGCACCAAUUGUCCACCAGUAUGAAGGCACAUGACGAUCUUAAGGUUACGUUUGAAAGCCGUGAGCAAGAAGCCGACCGUGCUUUCCGGGAGAAGUUAGAGCAGCUUGAGAACGAUUACCAGUCUGCUGUUCAUUACGUGAAGGGCACCGAGAAGAUGCUCAAGCGUAUGAAGGAUGAACUCGGUCGGUACAAGACUCAGAAUGCCAAGAUGCAAUCUGAGCUGGAUGUUCUCCAGACUACUGACGGUCAGACCGAUAACUCUGCAGAAGAAUGGGGUAUCGAGCGAGCCCGGCUCCAGCAAGUGAUUGGGGAUUUGGAGUUGAAUACCUCAUCUUCCAUUCAGAAUCUCGAGAACCAAAUUGCUCAGCUCCAGGAGAAUCUGACAGCCAUCGGUACCGAGAAGGAAGCCUCCAUAGCUGAGCACACUCGUAUCCAGAAAGAACUACUCGCCACUGCUGAACGCACCCGUUCUGAACUAGACCAACUGAGACAGGAAAAUGUGCAUCUUGAAACUCGUGCAUCUGAUGCCGAGCAAAAGGUCAAUAUGCUUCUCGAACAGGUGGAGACUUCGGUGGGUCACUACCGCCGCCAGUCACAGCACAUCCAAGGUCCCAAUGGUGUUUCCCGCAGCCUCAGCAACGCCUCUAGCAAUACCGCCGGCGGUCGACCUCGAGCUGAUAGCAGUGUUUCGCAGGAAUCUACUUUCUUCCCUGAUAACCGUGGGUCUGUGGCCUUGGACUCCCUUGCCAAUGAACUUGAAGCCCUUCGGAGUCACUGGGAAAGCACCAACCGCAACUAUCGUCUGAGUAGCCAGUUGGAUCUCGAACGAACUCCGACCAAGGAUGAUAGCAAUGGAUCUGCCAUGAUGAGUGACAGUCUUGCAGAGUGGCGUCGUCGGUUAGAUGAGGAUGAGCGCACUGGUGCCAACAAGCCGAAGACAAUGCCCACUGGUGCAGCCAAUGUCAUCUAA